UUUGACAACAAAUAGCGAGGUGCUUGGUUAGCUGGAAGCUAACUUUCAGGGCUAGUAACUGCAGAAAGAGGAUUUUCUUCAUAAGGAAACAUUCGUCAGUGUUAAUUCAAUUAUCAUAGCUCCUCGGGGGAACAAUAUGGAGGGUCCGCUGCCUCUGUCCUCGCUGAGGCUCCUGGUUCCACCUCUGCGGAUGAUGUCGGCUGUGAUGUGGAAGGUGGUUCGUCUGAGGAACAUUGUGCAUUAUGGGAAAGUGGAGGAGUUUAUGUCUUUGAUAACUGAAGCCAUCCCUGACAUUUUGACAGACAGACAGAUGAGACUGCUCACACUGGGCUUAAGAGCAAAGAUGAUGUUACAGAUGUUAAGCUCUGAUCAGUCAGAGGAUCUCAGAGGUGUAAAAUCAUGCUUGAACAGCCUCCUGCCAUCCAGCUCCAAACAGGUUCAUGCAGGAAAUGAAGCUCUUGAGGCCAACUUUGUCAGACUUGUUCAAAGACUCCUGGAGGACCCGAAAGGGAGAGAGCACUUCCUGAAGAAUGUGUUUCCUGUGGAGUAUGGGUCUGACUUUGAUACAGCUCUGGAGACACUGGUUUGUGAGUUCUUCACCAGACUAGAAGAAUUGCUGCUUAUACCAGACUUUAAGCAGACUGCAGUGUGGAUCAGCGAUACACCCUCUGUGUUGGAAGAGUACAUGCAGUGUGUAUCCAAAGCAGACGACCUCAAAGUGCUGCUCAGAAGCAAAGCCCACAGUGGUAAAAUGGCCAAGAUGGAUACCAGUGUGCCCUCCCCCUCAGAGCAGCGGCUCUUCUCAUCAUUAUCUCUCCCUCCUUUACCGCAAGAGACCAACGCCAAAGAUGCAGAUUCUAACACACAAACAUUUCAAAACCAAAGAGAAUCUGAGGGGAUUUCUCCUCAGGAUGCAGGAGAUAUGGGAAUACAGGAUGCAAGAUGGCUGUCUGAGGAGGAAACAAACAUUCAGAAUGGCAGCAAUGCAGAACAAACAACAGUAGAGAAAUGUAGUGACAACAUUUCUGAUGUGAACUUUGGAGAGGAGAAUAAUGACGGAGCUUCAGACACCUGCCGAGCUCCCCCUACAUCUGCUGAGAGUCCUGUAAUGUCCAGCUCUAUGAUGGGCCCUCCACGGCAGAGAGUUGCACAUAAAUGCACUCAGUGUGGAAAGUGCUUCAUUUACCGCUACGAACUUCUGGAGCAUCAGAGGCUGCACACGGGAGAAAACCCUUACAAGUGCUCUCAGUGUGGAAAAGCCUUCAGGAGGACCUCUGACCUGUCAACUCACAGGAGGACGCAGUGCACAAAAGCAGCUUAUAUCUGCAUCAAAUGUGGGAAUAGCUUUGAAUCAAUACAGGACAAAUUUAGACAUCAGUGUGUUCAUAGCAUCCAAAAGUUUGACUGUUCUCAGUGCGGAAAAAGAUUUACGAAAAUGCAUCUGCUGAGUAAGCAUGAGCUGACUCACACUAAGAACCGUGUCUUCACGUGCAGACAGUGUGGGGAGGUAUACCCCACUAUGAGUGAGCUGAGAACCCACCAAAAGAUUCAUCCUCCCAAGCUGUCCAAUCAGUGCAUGCAGUGUGGGAAAGUCUUCAGCUCUGUUGCCUGUUUGACAGCCCAUGAGCUGCGCCACAGACAACAGAGAACACAGAUUUGUACACGCUGUGGCAAAGCCUUCAAAAACAAGCAUGACCUGAACCUUCACAUGCGCAGUCACACAGGCGAGAGGCCGUUUCAGUGCACGUACUGUGGAAAACGUUUCUCUGUAUCAGGAAACCUGAACAUACACAUAAGGACCCACACUGGAGAGAAACCGUAUCUGUGCUCCGACUGCGGCAAGGCUUUUGUUUCAGCCGGCGAGCUGCAGAUACACAGACGAACCCACACUGGGGAAAAGCCAUACAAGUGUACUGUAUGUGAGCGGGGAUUCACCAUGGCGAGUAAAGUGACACUUCAUAUGCGUGUUCACACUGGAGAGCGCCCUUACAUCUGUUCUGAAUGUGGGAAAGGUUUUUCACGUGGCAGUGAAUUAAAGAAACAUAACAUGAACCAUACAGGGGUGAGACCCUACGCUUGUCACCUGUGUGUAAAGACUUACACAUGCCUCAAUCACCUGAAGAGACACUUGAAAACUCACAGUGUAGUGCAGAACAAGACUGUCUAAUUCAUGUGAUUACCAAAUGCCAAUUUUAUCAAAUUAUGAUUGUAUUCCUGAAAAUAGAAGCAGGGUGAGGCUUUCAGGCACAACUGCUCUUAUGCCGCACACAGAAGGGAAUUGAAUUUAAGGGUAUUGAUGCAACUAGCCUGUACUGAUAGUGGUAUGUAAAAAGGUUUCACACUUAACAUUGUGUAAGCACUAUGUUGCAAAAAUUCUUGUUUUUACUAAAUGACUCGUCAUCC